AUGAGACGUUUCCAUGAAAAUGAAAAAGAGACGGUGGUUACCACAUUAGGAAACAACGAUGUGAUGGUUAUAUUAGACAACCACCUAACCAAACCAGGGUGGUGCUGCGACAACAACGACGGUAACGGUUUCUUCGGUGACCAAUUCUUCGAUCCCACCGUGUGGACCGCCGCUUUGAGUAAAAUGGCGGCCACCUUCGACGGCGUCUCUAAUGUCGUUGGCAUGGGUCUAAGAAAUGAACUUAGAGGGCCUAAACAAAACGUCAACGAUUGGUUCAAGUAUAUGCAACAAGGAGCUGAAGCAGUUCACUCAGCAAACAAGAACGUACUUGUAAUCCUCUCCGGUCUCAGCUUUGACACCGAUCUCUCCUUCGUUAGGUCGCGACCCGUAAAACUAUCCUUCACCGAAAAACUCGUCUUCGAGCUUCAUUGGUAUUCUUUCACCGACGGAAACUCGUGGGCGACCAAUAACCCUAACGACAUCUGCGGUCGAGUUCUAAACCGGGUAGGAAACGCUGGCGGUUUUCUCCUUAACAAAGGCUUUCCCUUGUUCCUCAGCGAGUUCGGUAUAGACGAAAGAGGACAAAACGCGAAUGACGAACGCUAUUUCGGUUGCUUAAGCGGUUGGGCAGCUGAAAAUGACGUCGAUUGGUCACUCUGGGCGAUUACUGGAAGCUAUUAUUUAAGAGAAGGUGUGGUCGGGUUGAAUGAAUAUUAUGGUGCGUUGGAUUCGGAUUGGUCUAGUGUUCGAAAUUCGAGUUUCUUGCAAAAGAUCUCUCUUCUUCAAUCUCCGCUCCAAGGACCAGGCCCUCGAACCGAUGCUUACAAUCUGGUUUUACAUCCGUUAACCGGACUCUGCUUAGUACGAUCUCUCAAUGACACUACAAUGCUUACUCUUGGUCCGUGCAAUAGCUCCGAACCAUGGAGCUACACUAAGAAAACCCUAAGAAUCAAAGACCAGCUUCUGUGUUUACAGAGCAACGGACCAAAAAACCGGGUUACGAUGACUGGGACGAGUUGCUCGAAACCCGGUUCCAUAUGGCAGACAAUCUCGGCCUCUAGGAUGCACUUAGCUACGACAACAGGUAACAAAACUUCUCUUUGCCUUGACGUGGACGCAACCAAUAAUGUCGUGGCUGAUGCCUGCAAGUGUCUGAGUAAGGACAGUUCGUGUGAGCCAAUGAGCCAAUGGUUCAAGAUCAUUAAUGCCACAAGGCCAUUGAAGAGCUCCACAUUGUACAAACAGAUCUCAUCCUUACAGAAUUUGUCACCCAAGUCGGAUUUGUUGUAA